AACCCAGGAGAAGGGUUGUUGAGUGGAAGUUGUACACUCUGCGACAAGGAAAUGGCCCUGCACAUGAGGAGGUCAGCGAGCCCCAGGACGACGACUUCCUGUAUUGUGAGAAGUGCAAGACCAACUUCAUCGACAGCUGUCCCGCUCAUGGGCCCCCUACGUUUAUGAAGGACAGUGUGGUGGAUGUGGGGCUUGAGGACCACGCAAUGCUCACUCUGCCCCCUGGGCUGAAGAUAGGACCUUCGAAUAUCCCAGGGACUGGGCUCGGAGUCUGGAAUGGGAACUCCACCCUGCCUGUGGAUGUGCACUUUGGCCCCUACGAGGGUCAGAUCACAGAGGACGAAGAGGCUGGCCUCAGCGGUUACGCCUGGAUCAUUACUGAAGGGAGACAGAGCUACAAGUACGUGGACGGCAAGGACACAUCCCACGCCAACUGGAUGAGGUACAUGAACUGUGCUCGCAUUGAGGAGGAGCAGAACCUUGUGGCCUUUCAGUACCACGGGCAGAUCUUCUACCACACCUGCAAGGCCAUCAAGCCUGGCACAGAGUUAUUGGUGGGGAACAGGAACGAGUAUGGCCAGGAGCUGGGCCUCACAUGCAGCAGCAAUUGGAAGAAACAGCACGUGAAUGGGAGAGAACCAAAGGCAGAGAUCCACCUGUGUCCCUUGCGCUCUCUGGCCUUCUCCAUUCGGAAAUUUCACAGUGGCUAUAUAAACCACGGUCACCUCUCUCAGAUCCACUGGGUAACAGCUACAAGCAACACACUCCAAGGAGAAGAUGCCUGUCCGGGGGAUCUCCUCUGGAAACAGCAGCAGUCCCGUCCUCAUGACCGGAAUGAUGGAGGGGACAGUGGCUUUGCUUGUAGGGACUGUGGGCGGGGCUUUCUUUAUCAAUCACUGUUCAUCAGGCACAGAAGAACACACACAGGAGAGAAGCCAUAUGUGAGGGAUUGCGGGCGGGGCUUUACUUGUCAAUCAAACCUCACCAAGCAUGAGCGAACUCACACAGUUGAGAAGCCCUACGUUUGCAGCCACUGUAGGAGGGGCUUUACUUUUCAAUCAAACAUCACAGAGCACAAGAGAACUCACACAGGUGAGAAGCCCUAUGUUUGCAGCGACUGUGGGCGGGGCUUUACUUUUCAAUCAAAUUUCAACAAGCACAAGAGAACUCACACAGGUGAGAAGCCGUACGUUUGCAAUGACUGUGGGCGGUGCUUUAGUUUACGAUCACGCCUCACCAGUCACCAGAGAACACACACAGGAGAGAAGCCCUAUGUUUGCAGGGACUGUGGACGGGGCUUUAGUGCUCAAUCAAACCUCACUCAGCACAAGAGAAAACAUACAGGAGAGAAACCCUAUGUUUGCAGGGACUGUGAGCGGUGCUUUAGCCAGCAAUCAAGCCUCACCAGGCACCAGAGAACACACAGAAUUGGAGCCCAGUGCUCACAGAAAUAUUAGGUCAUGCGCAACA